UUGAACUUUCGACUUUAACUUCCCGAAGUUUGAAUUAAACGUGAAAGAACAUGCUUGUGGAUUGGGUGCAAACCCUUUGAAAAGUGAGUUAUUUUUACUUGUUUUUCUGCGAUAAGAUGGGAUUUCUUUUUCAAUUAUCAGCACAGAAUCCUUUCCUCGCAUGAGAUUGCAGUAAGCAAGAUCGUAUUGCAACGCUGAACUGAUUUCUAAUCAAUGUCACAGACCGCCUUUCAACACACGCCGACCAUUCGCCUCUUGAAAUAGACAUUCAGCGCACCCCUAAGCCGACGGUGGACGGACACACACAACCUUUGACGAGAACAGACACCCACCAUAUGGUUAAAACAUAGCGGGUCUAUGUUCGGUGGGUGCGGUGUAAAAGGCGGAGCACAUGGGUUACGCCAACCGGCCUUUCAUGGCUUAUUUCGGGAGGACUUUGACAAAUAUCAAGGGCAAAAUCUGCGUGAUGCAACGUAAUAGUUUAUUCAGGCUGUUUGUUUACACUCCUACUAAUGGAAUGGAAUGAAAGGGAGACUGGAGCGCAGGAGAAAAAAAAAACAGACCACUGAAGUGAAAUCAGACCAAUGGUGAUCUCUAACACUGCGGAUUCGAUGUCGAAGGGAAACUACGUGUUUUCCCAACAACUACCUGGCAUCGCCUCACUGCAGAAUGCGUCCGAUGCAGUGAAUAGCGGGACUGUCGAAUGCGAAUUGGAAUGCUUCGUCACUCCUCUGUUUUGGUCUUCACUGAACAUCUGAUGCCACUCCAUCCCAUGGGAGGUACACGUGGCUGAAGGAGGGAGGUAGAAGACAAGAUCCACCUGAAGAUCACACCUACCGCAGUGUUGCCCUCCCGCCCCUCAAGCCCGCCACCACCGCAGGACACUCCAAGGAGAGAAAGUCGUUUGUGACAUCGGAUGCCUGGGAUGCUGUCCACCAUGCUGCUGGCCCCUGCCUGUGUGCUGCUCAUGCUCAGCGGGCAUGUUUUCGCUGGAGGCUACGCCCCCAUGGCCCACAUGAAAUACAUGCAACCCAUGAUGAAAGGGCCUGUCGGACCGCCGUUCAGAGAGGGCAAGGGUCAUUAUGUCGACAUGCCACCCAUGGUAGAUGUGAAGGGGGAGCCAGGACCCCAAGGUAAACCUGGACCAAGGGGACCCCCUGGUCCUCCAGGAAUUCCAGGGAAACCUGGACUUGGUAACCCAGGCCUCAACGGGCAACCAGGUCCUCAGGGGCCCCCCGGCUUUCCAGGAAUCGGUAAACCGGGACUCCCAGGACUCCCGGGAAAGAUUGGACCCAAGGGGAUGGCAGGACUUACUGGCGAGAUUGGCCCUCGUGGUGAACCGGGUCUCAGAGGUCAACCGGGACAGCCAGGACUGCCAGGACCAGCUGGCCUAUCUCUGAAUGGAAAACCUGGGCUUCCAGGUAUUAGGGGCCCGCCUGGUUCUCGGGGAGAACCAGGAUUAAAAGGCCUUUCUGGCCCUCCGGGUGAGCGUGGAGUUAAGGGUGAGAAUGGAAAUGGGACACCAGGACCCCCUGGUAUAAGGGGUCCCCCUGGUUUGAAAGGUAGUACAGGACCACCUGGUCUUCCAGGCAUUGGCAAACCAGGACCAAAAGGUUUGCCUGGACUGAUUGGUUAUAAAGGUGAGCAGGGACUUCCAGGGGAUCGAGGUGAACCAGGAGAGGCUGGGCUUCCAGGUCUACAAGGUCAACCAGGUCCUGUUGGGAUAGGGAAGCCUGGACUUGAUGGAUCACCAGGAGCACCAGGUCUCAUAGGUCCAAAAGGUGAACAAGGGCUCAGGGGUUCCCCAGGAUUUCCUGGUACUCCAGGCUAUGGUAAACCUGGUCUUGGUGGGCCAAAAGGAGAUAAGGGUCAGACUGGGUUAACUGGCUUACCUGGAGACAAAGGAGACCAAGGAAUGGCGGGCCCAAUCGGUGAACCGGGUCUUAAUGGACAACCAGGACCCCCUGGACUUCACGGCCCCAUGGGACUCCCGGGAAAACAUGGCAUGCCGGGGCUCAAGGGAGAACUUGGACCCCAAGGACCUCCAGGGUUGCCUGGCCUCAGGGGUGACCAAGGUCCUAGUGGAAUCACGGGAAAACCUGGUUUACCAGGGGACAAAGGCUUACCUGGGCUAAGUGGAGCAAUUGGAAAACCUGGACCAAAAGGUGAAGCUGGACAUAUCGGUCUACCAGGUAAUCCUGGGCUAACAGGUCUUCAGGGACCUAAAGGUGAGGUGGGCUUUAUGGGAACACCUGGUCCCAGAGGUCAGUCAGGUAUCCCUGGUCUGCAGGGUCCCAUGGGUCCCAUGGGACCACAAGGGGCCCCCGGCUUGAAGGGCGAAUCCGGCCUUCCAGGGCUUCCAGGACUGGGUAAAUUGGGAGAGAAAGGACCCAUCGGUCCCCAAGGUCCUCCGGGGAAACCAGGCCCUGCCGGACUCAACGGUAUCCCCGGCCCACCCGGCCCUCCGGGUCCCCCGGGUCCUCCGGGAAACGGCCAAACGGUUUCCGCAGGUCCAACCGGCUCAGAAUUGGAAGGAGGCGAAGUGCCAGGAGGCCGCAAGGGCCCGGCGUACAGUCAGGUCCCACUCUCGGCCUCGUUAGCACCGGCCUUCACAGCCAUCCUCUCCAAGCCUUUCCCUCCCUCCGGUAUGCCAAUCGUUUUCGACAGGACUCUGUACAAUGGCCAAAAUGCCUACAAUCCCUCCACUGGCAUAUUCACUGCUCCCCUCUCGGGCGUCUACUACUUUGCGUACCACGUGCAUGUGAAGGGAACUAGCUUGUGGGUGGCCUUGUACAAGAACAAUGUACCAGCGACUUACACCUACGACGAAUACAAGAAAGGCUACAUGGACCAGGCGUCCGGCAGCGCUGUCCUCGAGCUGAAAGAAGGCGACCAGGUCUGGGUCCAGAUGCCCUCGGAUCAGGCCAACGGUCUCUAUUCCACCGAGUACAUCCACUCCUCAUUCUCAGGGUUCCUGCUCUGCCCCACAUAACCUUGCCCUCCAUUCCAACGAAUUCCCUUACGAGCUCCUCGGAGCAGACCAAAACCUAAAAUACUUGCAGCCAUACCGAUUUCAAAGAAACACUAAAAUUACCAUACAGUCGUAGUAUUUCAGUCAUAUUUUUCUCUAUCGUUUUUGUUUGCUUUACAGUCGACGGCAUCGCUGAAAGAAAAUGUGUGACUCACAAGAGAAGGAUUUAAAAGGCAGAGGAAGGAAUAUUAUUCAGUGUUCUUUGUGUUGUUGUCAUUCAAAUGUGUUUUGGGGGGGUUGUAUUUUUAUGUUAAUUAUUGUUGUUGUUUAUUAUUAUUUGGUCGUUGUUUAUUUCAGACUGUUCGGUGCCUUAAUUUGUAAUGCGCAAGCACACCGUCAUGGCCGCACGCCGACAUCCUGAUGACAAAUAUCACCUGACAUUGUCGAGAGAGGUGGGAGCUUUGUAUUAUUUUCAGGGGUGACGAUCCCGGCCAGAUUAGCAUCCGUACAAUACGCAACAAUUGUAAAUAUUAAAAAAAACCAUGUGGAGAAUCCCGUCAACUUUUCCUUCAUCGUAUUAAUACCGUUUUAUCAUCAAAACCAUGGAAUUAAGUCUUUUUUAAAUAGUUUUUAUUGAGUUGGUUGCUGUCUCAAUUUCACAGCUGACCAUCUGAAACAUUUUUUUCUUUACUACUUAAUUUAUUUUAUUGAAUUAUCCAAAAAAAAAAAGGCCAUCUUGAGAUACAGUGGAACAAUAAUAGGACUUCAUAGUAUUAAACCAAGGCUACAUAAAUUAACAAUGAUGCAUCAUGUUUACACAACUCUUCAAAAAAAAAAAAAAAAAAGAGAUGAAGAAAAGUUUCUAUUGUUCCAAAACCGCCGCUUCCAAAAUGGGCACCGUUUAACAAAACGUGGCGACGAGGACAAGAUGUUUUCGAAUCAAAAGCGAGCCGGAAAUGCAAAUCACGCCGCGUCGACCCUGUCAAUGAGUAAAGGGACCGACUGAGAGGCGCACGGGUUGUGAAAGGCGAGUUGUGUAACAAUUAACAAACCGCCUGUCAGAUUUCUUUGUCAGGCGGCAGGCCGGAGGGUCGGCGCCGUCGAUGUACGCUUUCCCGGUGAUUGGACCGUUUAAGAUUGUGUGUGUCUGUGUGUAUAACCUUCUGCCUGGCUGCGAGCGAGUUAUGUAUGUACAGUAUGUGGGCGUCCGCGUGUCACAUUGGCCCAAUGGCAUUCAGGUCAUGAACGCUUUGUCAAAGAUAAUAAUAAACUAGAGUGAAGUUACAAAAUCCCGGAUGGAACUCGCGGCUCUGUCAAUGUUCCAUCCGAACUCUGACUGGUUGUCCUCUAGCUUUGAAAGAAAGUCCCCACGUUUAUGGUGCAAAGUAAGGGAAAAGAAGCGGGAAUUAAAAAAAAAAAACAAAAGAUGACAUGGCGGCAGAAUUUAAUUGACACGCCGGGAUUAAAAGACAGAAUUUCAUGGUAACGCCGGAAAUAUGUCAAAACGGCUCGCGUGCAAUAAUUCUUUGUCAGUGCCAAUUAGCAAAUUGAGUAAUAGAGCGGAGAUGAACAAUGUUUUUACUUAUUCAAAACAAGAAAAGAAAAAAAGGAAAAUCCUAGUAAUCGUGUCCAUCUGAAAGCAUUUCAGUGUAACUCUGCAGCCCAAAACUAUGACUACACCGAAUUAUGGACAAGAAUGUCCACUGAGAAAUGAUUGACCCAAACUUACAAUUUUUCUCAAGUCCUGGUGUCACAACCGUUUGCUGUUUGAACAUAGACGGUGGGGCAACACAUGUUGCAGAAAAAUUUCAAAACACUCACAGUCAUAUAAUUAUCCUCUGCGAAAAAAAACUCUUAUUAUUGCAGCUUAUUGAGUCACUGAGCGUAGCAGUGACUCUACUUUUGUGUGUCUGUAUGACUGUAUUACACGCACCACGAAUAGAAAUGAAGCCUGAAAUUAUGAUUCACAGGCUGUUGAAUUCUUUACACUCAUGGCUGACACAAGUAUUCUGAGUUAACAAACAUAAUAACGUCACAAAUAAAAUGUACACCCCUGUACAUCGAAGCCAAAUAUUGAACUUUGCAAUCCCUACUAUGUACACCAAUGACAGACAACAGCAAUCUUGGAUGAGACCUAAUCAGUAUUUUUACAAUUAUGUAAUGGAGGAAAAAAAAUGCACUUGUACCUGUCCCGUUUGUCUCUAUAACGCAAAGAAGUAAAUGCUAUGAAUCAUAAUUGUAACACGAGUCUACAAAGAUGAUUCAAGGCUCAUUUUGUACUGUAUGUUGGCUUAUUUGUGGUAGCCUCUUUUUUUUUCCUCAUUUUUUCGGACCUAUGAAAUGGUGAUGUGAAUUAUAUGUGGUUAUUAUUCUCUGUCCUUGUGUUUUCAAGACAAUGUCACUUGCCCUGUGUGCAAAAUCAUUUAACAAGUGUCAGGAAGCCCCAUAUUAAUCACAUCACUUGCAAUUUUUUUUUUUUUUGCUUUAUAUUAAAAACAGACAAAAAAAAACUUUGCUUCGGUUUUUGAAGGGAUUUUUUUCGUUUUAGUUGCAUUGAAUUAAUACACGGCCAUUCCCAUUUGCACAUGAAAUUAAUGAAGAUAUUUAUACAUUUAUGAUAAUUUAAUAGGAAUGCCAAAACCGACCACCGAAGCCAAGAACGUAUAACUGGUAUUUAACAGCAUUGAUGAGUUAAUAGCAUUUACAACAUUUAGUUCACACCCUUGUGUUAUGUUUGUCAAGGAUUUUUGGGGGGGGGGGGUUUGGGGGGGGAGAUUUUAUUGUGUAAUGUAUGAUGUAUCUACUCAUCAAGGCUAUUGCAUUACUUUUUUUUUGCGCAGUAAAAUGUGAGUAUAAAAAUGCACUCUUUUUGAUUUGGAAUUGUUUUUUCUGCUUAUCAAAAAUCUACAAGUACUUGAUUGUAUUGAUACUAUAUCAAUA